UAGCACAUAUGAAUCGUGAGUCACUUUUGAGGUUUCCCAUUGGAGAACCUCUUCGGUGACUCAGCUGGGAGAAGCUGGGUUAAUCAGCAUCUCUACACCGAUGAUCUGUUGACGCCACUUCCGAGUCGCGCGCUGGGAUGAGAACCAGAUAAGUAUAAAAAGGCCUCCCACCAAGCUCGGUGUCUACCGCACCCUCUGUGCCAAAGCUGGUGUUCAUGUAUCGCCGCUGCAGCUCGGCGCGAUGAGCAUCGGUGACCAGUGGGAGAAGAUGGGCAUGGGCUCCAUGGACAAGGAAUCCAGUUUCAAGCUUCUUGACGCGUAUUUCGACGCAGGCGGAAACUUCAUCGACACUGCGAACAACUACCAGGAUGAAACUUCUGAGCAGUUCAUUGGGGAAUGGUCGGAGAAACGCGAUAUCCGAGACCAGCAGGUCAUUGCUACCAAGUUUACGACUGGGUUCAAAGCACGGCAGGACAAGUACGCCCAAAAGGUCAACUACGUCGGCAACAACAUCAAGUCCAUGAACAUCAGCGUCGAUGCCAGUCUCAAGAAGCUGCGCACGCACUACAUCGACAUCCUGUACCUGCACUGGUGGGAUUGGGACACCAGCGUCGAGG